AAAGUGAAAAUCCUCUUGGCACCGUUAUUCCUAUUGCAGCAAACACACAAAGCCACACGAGAACACAAUUCAAAGUAACGACCAAAGCUAGCCAGUGACAACAAGUCAUGAUUUCUGACUCAAGAAACCUAUCAAUGACAAAUCAAGCAAACUUCUGAUUCAAUUAAAUUCCUCUGCUUUGUCACCCUCCACUCCACGUGUCAUUUCCUUCAACCUCCACGUGUUCUUCUCACACUUUUAAGUAAAACCCGUUCGCACCGUUUUACUCUUCUUCAAAAUGCUACACCACACCGCUUUUGCUUUAUAAGCUAGCUAUGGUGAAGAAGUUAUACGUGUGUGUAUUAGAAGCCAAAGAAUUGCCAGUUAAAAACUCUCGUGUGAAGCUUAAACUUGGCAAGUUAAAGUUCAAAACAAGGAUAUUGAAAAACACGUUCAGCCCCAUUUGGAACGAAGAGUUUGUUUUCAAGGUGAACGAUAUUUCCGAGGAAGUGCUUGUUAUCACUGUUGUUAAUCACAGCGAUGAAUCAAAGGUGAUCAACGGUUCUGGUUUAGUGGAUUUUGUUGGUCAGGUUCGGAUUCCGGUAAUUGCUUUUCAGGAUAAGGAAAUUUUGCCGCCCACUUGGUUCUCCCUUCAAUGCCCUAACAAGAGUGCCAAAUUUGUCAACACAUUUUGUGGGAAGAUUCUCCUCACAAUUUCCCUUCAUUGCAAGGGCAAUGCUAAUUCUUUUAUGAAUCAUAAGCAUUCUCCAAACUCAGAUAUUGCAAUUGAGAACUCAAGAGACUUAGAAGGUAUUCACAUUUCAUCUCAACCACUUUCUCGUAAAAUGGGAGAAGGCAAACACUUGUUGAAGGUUAUUACUAAUCGUCUUAAUAGGAUUCUAAAUAAGAAAGAAGGAAACUCAAAAUCUGCGGAUUGUUCAGAAACUUCCAAUUCAUUAUCUGAUUAUGAAGAUAGUAACAGUGUACAGGAAAAUUCACCCCCUUGUAGUUUUGAAGAAGGCAUUGCAGUAAUGGAGUCAAGAGAUAGCCAACCAGAAAGUCCUGAAAAUUUGCAGGGUGGUAUUCUUGUAGAUAAGAUUUAUGCAGUAUCACCAUACAAUCUUAAUAUAGUACUUUUUGCGCCAAAUUCGCAGUUUAGGAAAGAUUUAGCAGAACUACAAGGAACAACAAAUUUGCAAGAGGGAGCUUGGUCCUGGAAAGAUGAAGACAUGUCUUGUUUGACUAGAAUUGUUUCGUAUACAAAAGCUGCUUCAAAAUUAGUUAAGGCUGUUAAUGCCACUGAGGAGCAAACCUAUAUUAAAGUGACUAAAGAUGAAUAUGCUGUACUUGUUAGUGUAUGCACCCCCGAGGUUCCAUACGGGAAAUCAUUUCGGGUUGAAUUACUUUACAAGAUAAUGCCUGGAGGAGAUGUGUCUUCUGAAGAUGAAUCCUCAAAUCUUGUGGUGUCAUGGGGAAUUGUUUUCCUACAAAGCACAAUGAUGAAAGGUGUGAUAGAGAGUGGGGCUAAACAAGGUUUGAAGGAGAGUUUUGACCAGUUUUCCGACUUACUUGGUCGGAGUUUCAAGGUGGUAGAUAAGACGGAUUUAAUGAACAAAGAACAUUUGUUGGCAACUUUGCAGACAGAAAGCCAGAUGAAUUGGUGGCAGGCAAUCACAUACUUUUGGAAUUUUACCGUAGUUUCCACAAUUUUUAUGUUGUUGUAUGUGUUGUUUCAUAUUUUAAAAUGUGGUCCAAAUCAACCUCAGGGCUUGGAAUUUAGAGGGAUUGAACUUCCAGAUAGUUUUGGAGAAUUAGUUACAAGUGGAAUUUUAAUUAUCCAGUUGCAGCGUGUUUAUGAUAUGGUGUCUCACUUUGUGCAAGCUAGAUUUCAAAUGGGCACUGACCAUGGCCUGAAAGCACAUGGUGAUGGAUGGGUUCUUACUGUAGCUUUAAUUGAAGGGGUUGACCUGGCUUCAUUAGAGUCAGUGGGGUUGUCAGAUCCCUAUGUGGUUUUCACCUGUAAUGGACAAACAAGGUCAAGCUCUGUCAAGCUUGAGACAUCAGAUCCUCAAUGGAAUGAGAUAUUAGAGUUUGAUGCUAUGGAAGAACCGCCAUCAGUUUUAGAUGUUGAAGUUUUUGAUUUUGAUGGUCCAUUUGACCAGGAUGUUUCACUUGGACAUGCUGAGAUCAAUUUCUUGAAGCACACGUCAACCGAAUUGGCAGACAUGUGGGUCAUCCUUGAAGGAAAGCUCGCCCAGUCUGCUCAAUCGAAGUUGCAUUUGAGAAUUUUCUUGGACAAUAAUAAAGGGGUUGAAACUAUCAAGGAUUAUUUGGAGAAGAAGGAAAAGGAAGUAGGAAAAAAGUUGAAUAUUCAAUCACCUCACAGAAAUUCUACAUUCCAGAAAUUAUUUGGGUUGCCAACAGAAGAAUUUCUAAUCAAUGAUUUCACAUGUUAUCUGAAGAGAAAAAUGCCUUUACAGGGUCGGCUAUUUCUUUCGGCAAGGAUUCUGGGAUUUUAUGCCAAUUUAUUUGGACAUAAAACCAAAUUUUUCUUCCUUUGGGAAGAUAUUGAAAACAUUCAAGUGCUUCCUCCAUCAUUGGCAUCAAUAGGAAGCCCUACAUUGGUCAUAAUUCUUCGAAGCGGACGAGGUAUUGAUGCAAGGCAUGGUGCCAAGGUGCAAGACGAAGAAGGAAGGCUUAGGUUUCAUUUUCAGUCAUUUGUUUCAUUCGGUGCUGCCUCAAGAACAAUAAUAGGUUUAUGGAGAGCACGAAUAUUGAACCCCUAUCAGAAAGAACAAAUUACAGAAGAGCAUGAAGAACAAGAAGUCCUGGUAAUACCUGAAGACUCUGGAUCUAUCCUAGAGGAUGAAGCAAAAAUGUCCAAGAUUUACUCUGCUGAACUACCAAUUAAGAUGACAUCGGUGAUGGAAAUUUUUUAUGGAGGAAACCUAGAGCAUAAGAUUAUGAAGAGAACCGGGUGUAUGAACUAUGACACUACAUCUUGGGAACCAGUAAAACCUGAUGUUCUCGAAAGGCACGUUUCUUACCAAUUUAAUCGACACGUGUCGGUUUUUGAUGUCACAAGCACACAACAAAAAUUUCCAAAUACAAACACUGGAGGAUGGAUUGUGAAUGAAGUUAUGGUCCUUAACGGUGUACCAUUUGCUGAUCAUUUUCGUAUUCAUUUUAGGUACGAAAUUGAGAAAUCAGUUCUUGGUGAAUGUGCUUGCAAGUGUGAUGUAUACAUUGGCAUCAAGUGGCAUAGGAGCUCUAAGUUUCAGCAAAGGAUCAACCGGAACAUAACUGCUAAGUUUAACAUACGACUGAAGGAAAUAUUUGAACUGGUUCAGAAAGAGAUUUUAUUGAUGUCACAUAACUCGCAUGGGUAAAGGAUGAUUGAAUGAAUGAAUAUAUUGUACUAUUGGGAAGAUUAAAAAACUUGUAAAUUGGAUUAGGUGAAAAGAAAUAAUCUCAAAUAUAGAAUAAAUUUUUUUUCUUCGAUA